UUGGAGGAGCCGGGGCACGGGGCUCUGGAUGACAAUGACAGCUCUUCCCUUUCCACCAGAAUCAUCCCGGUGCCAGAGCCCAAAGCGGAGACACCCCACGUCCUCAGACAACUCUCCGAAGGGAGGUGUGAGAUCGAAGGAGCAAAGAGAGGGGCGGUUUCCUACGCAGCGCAUCUUUGGCAUAACGAUGCCGAAACUGAGGCCCAAGAGAGGUUAAGUGACUUGUCCAGGAUCACACAACAGGCCAGUGACCAGAGCCAGGAAAAGACUACAGACAUAGAUAGAAAUGGUUCCCGCCAAAUGAUCAGAGAGCAGUGCGGAGCCCUCUGUGUCCAAGAGAAGCAGAGUCGUUCUCCUUGAAGUUUUCAACCGAAUGAAAAAGGCAGGCAAAAUAUCACACUUCAAGUGGAGUCCGUUUGCAACUUCAGCGUUUCGAGCUGUAUCUUCACGCAGGAGAAUAAGAGUCCACUGAACGGGACCAUCAGAUACAAACGGGUCCAGAGCCCUCUGCAAAUCACCGUGUGCCGGAAAGGUCACCUGCCUCCUCGACUCGGUUAUUACCGCCACCUUGGAUCUAUAUUUGACAAUCUGGGAGAACAUCUUUGAUGUUGAUUGAAACGUUCUAGCGGCCGGGGAAGAAAGCAUUCUCCAGGAAGGGAGGAGAAACCUGGCCUCUCGCUGACCCAGUGGCCUCGGUUGGCAGCACGAAUCCGAUUCAGAUCUGGCCAGCCCCGGCCCCGGAGGGCAGGGAGGAGGAGAAGGAGGAGGAGGAGGAGGAGAGGCUUGGACUCCGGACUUGACACAGCCUGCCCAGCAGAAGACAAUCUGGCGUCCUGGGAAGAGGACGAAGAGUGGCUGAUGGGGGGCAGCCCCACGGCGGGGCCGAAGGUGUGGGCUCUGGGCGACCUGGAGGACACCCACGUCUCCCUCGGGUUGCUGGGGGCCACCGUGGUCCUGGUGGGGCUGCUGCGCGUGGUCACCCUCUGGGGCCUCCCUGAUGGCGACCCCCGCCGCCGCCCCGGCCCACGGCUGAGGCCCUUCCUCAUGGAGCUGCUGGCCACCUUCCAGCUGUGCGCCUGCACCCACGAGCUCACCGUCCAGGCCGACCUGAACCCCUCGCCCCACUUUGGCCUCACGCUCACCUACUUCUUCACGGUCAUCCACGGGCUGACCCUGACGGGCUCCUUCUGCAACCCGUGCGCCGUGCUGCAGAAGAUGGCCAUGGAGCGUCUGGCCGUGGAGACGGGGAUCUUGAGGAUCCUGGCCCAGAUGGCGGGGGCCCUGCUGGCCCGGGCUUACAUGGUCGCCGUCUGGAGCCUGGGCCUCAUCGAGCAGCACCGCGCCGACCGGCACCGGGCCUGCCGGAACCCCAUGCGCACGGACGUGCCCGAGGCCUGCCUGGUGGAGGCCAUCUGCUCCUUCAUCUUCCACAGCGCCGUCAUCCAGCUCAAAUAUAUCCGACCCAAGCUGCGCAUCCACCUGCAGGCCGCUCUCAUCACCUUCCUGGUCUUCGCAGGAGGAAGUAUAACGGGGGCCGUGUUUAAUCCAGCCCUGGCUCUCUCGCUGCACAUGAAGUGCUUCCAAGGCGAAUUCCACAACUUCGCCAUCGUGUACUGGGUAGGCCCCACGGCAGGUAUAGCGAUGAUGGUUUUGAUGUACCGCUUUUUCCUUCCCUGGCUGAAUCGCAAGCGGUCACUGAAAUUUGAAUGACCCGAUGACCCGGGUCGAAGGGACUCCCGCAGCCCAGUCACGUUCCGGUUAGAGCGGACCCGGGCCCCUGCCUUGCCACGACGGUCAGAGGACGGGCCGCGGUCAGUUUAUUUAUUUUCUUUCGAAGCGGCGUCGGACUGGGCUGGAGGCCCGGCACACCGUGCGCUCCGUGGUUCUGCCUCGGGACGCUGACUGUGGCGGGGGAGCUGCGGGGAACCCCCCCGCCUCCUAUUAAAGUGCGGCUGUAGCAGA